UCCUGCACUCUAGACUUGUCUCUCCCCAGUGAGGCCUUCUUUAACCCCAUCCAGGCAGGGUGCAGCAAAAAAGUCUUCUCCAUCCAGGGUGCAUUUCUCCAACAUAGAUGACGCAUCCUCUACGUCUUCAAAGGGUGGGAAGGAAAAGCUUAAUACAGACGCUAGAAGUCCAAACUCUGACGCUUUCUCAACAUCCAAACACUCUUCAUCUUCAAAACAAGCCAGCCACAAUUCCCAGGAUAAAAAGAAGGAAAGAAAACAAGCUUUUCCCAGAGUUGCCAUAGACACAGGCUACCAGCAGCCGACAGUUUCCUCAAGGACACGAGCUUUAUCCCCUUACACCCACCGCAAGAUGUGCCAGCUUUCAGAGGACGCCCAGCAGAGGCUCAGCCAUCUCCAGCUGGGGCCUCACCACUUCAGGAAGGAGACAGAGAGCCCGGCGCCUUUCUUGGUGUCUUGUAGCGGUAGUGUCUCUGGGAGGAAAACUCCUUCGUCCUCUCCACAAAGCAGCAGCAUGAGUCGACACUUCAUCAGCUUCACAGAUGAUCACACAGAUUGUUCUCUCCUGGGGAGUUACAGACCAAAAACAGCCAGAGUAAAGUCAAACUCUUUCAGAGCCCACUCAUCUGCGGAGACACAGUCCAGACUUGAAGCCCACACUGAAAGCCCAAAAAGGAGCUGUGCUGCCUUAUCUAAGUCCACCCUGACCACAUCGAACCCCAGAAGUCCCCUGAAUCUCAACUAUUCCCUUAGAGAAAGCUCGAGUCUGAUGCAUUUGACCCAAUGCAUGCUUUAAUACAUUCAGAGAGACCUUGUCAUCGAUCAUGGCAGCUGCUGCAGACCAGUCACCACAGUCCAUCUUACAGGGAAAUCCACAACAGGGUCCAGAGGAUCUUGCAGACACACAAAGCUCCCGUGGACCGCCAAUUGACCUUUGACCUUUAAUUUACUGACCUGCCUACAUGGUGGCCUUUCAUUUUCUUACAAUGCUGUUACUUAAAGAUAAAAGAAGAUAUUUAAUUGAA